AAUUACGAUCCAACAGUAGAAUUUUCAUAUCGUAAACAGGCUGUCAUUGAUGGUCGUCCAUGUAUGCUUGAAGUAUUAGAUACAGCCGGGCAAGAUUGUGAAGGUGUCGUCCUUUUAUAUUCGACUACAUCAAGACCUACAUUUGAAAGAGUAUAUAGAUAUUAUGAUCAAGUUCUAAGAGUCAAAGAUACUGAAAGUGUCCCCAUGAUUCUUGUUGGCACCAAAUGUGAUAAGCUUAAUGAAAGAGAAAUUGCAAAAGAAGAAGGUAUGUGA